ACAGAACUCUAACCUCACUUUUUUGUUGCUGUUUUUCUACAUGCUCUCACAAUUUUAUUAAAAUAGGACCUUUAUUUUGGAAAGAAAAUGGAAAAACCAGCGAAAUCUAAUUCCAAAAUUAAGAAAAAGCCCAAAGUUAAAGUUUUCACUAAGAAUAAAAACAAGACAACGCCGGAAAGUGUUGUUAUUGAAAAGUUAAAGGCCCAAUAUGAUACAAUUGACACUAGCAAAGUAACAAAAUUCGUAGAGUUGCCUAUCAGCCAAAAAACCAUUAAAGCCUUGAAGGAAUCAAAAUACCUAAAACUCACAGAUAUUCAAAAAGCCAGCAUACCACUCGCCUUAAAAGGCAAAGAUAUUUUAGGGGCAGCACAAACAGGGUCUGGCAAAACGUUGGCAUUCCUUAUACCAAUUUUAGAAAGGCUUUAUUGCGAACAAUGGACCAGGAUGGACGGUAUUGGCGCUCUAGUGAUAACACCGACAAGAGAACUUGCUUAUCAAAUUUUUGAAACUCUGAAAAGAGUCGGUAAAUACCAAGACUUUUCAGCUGGUCUUAUUAUAGGCGGCAAAGAUUUAAAGUUUGAAAGAAAACGUAUGGAUCAAUGUAACAUUAUUAUAUGCACUCCAGGACGUUUGUUGCAACACAUGGACGAAAAUCCACUUUUUGAUUGUGUUUCGAUGAAAAUUUUGGUGUUGGAUGAAGCCGAUAGGUGCUUAGAUAUGGGAUUUAAGGAAACCAUGAAUGGUAUAAUUGCAAAUUUGCCACCUGAGAGGCAGACUUUAUUGUUCUCUGCCACACAAACCAAAUCUGUACAAGAUUUAGCUAGGUUGAGUUUGAAAGACCCAUCAUAUGUUAGCAUUAACGAAAUGACCACUCCAAAAGAGUUACAGCAACAAUAUGUUGUGUGUGAGCUUCAAGAUAAACUCUCAAUACUUUGGAGUUUUAUUAGAAAUCAUUUGAAACAUAAAACGAUAAUAUUUUUUUCAACUUGCAAACAAGUGAAAUAUUUUUUUGAAAUAUUUUCAAAACUUAGGCCUGGUUUAAGUUUAAUGCCUCUAUACGGUACCCUGCACCAGUUGAGAAGAAUGCAAAUUUACGAAGAUUUCUGUAAGAAAAAAUCGGCGGUACUUUUUGCUACAGAUUUAGCUGCUAGAGGUUUGGAUUUUCCCGAAGUCCAUUGGGUAGUGCAAGCCGACUGUCCUGAGGAUGUUGAAACUUAUAUUCAUAGAGUAGGACGAACUGCUAGGUAUUAUAAAGGAGGUGAAAGUUUACUUUUGUUAUUACCAAGUGAGUUGAAAAUGGUGGAAUAUUUACAAGAAAAAAAAAUUCCUAUUGAAAAAAUUGAGAUUAACCCAACAAAAUUACAAAAUCCUGUUAGGAAAAUGGAAGCUUACAUGGCUAAAGAUCCUACGCUAAAAGACACGGCCCAAAGGGCUGUGAGUAUUUACGCAAAAGCCAUUUUUUUUAUGAAACACAAAGACAUCUUUAAUGUUCAAGCUUUAGACUUUGAUGCCUUUUCAAAAAGUUUGGGGUUGGCCGUGCCCCCAAGAAUAAGAUUUUUAGAUAGGAUGAAGUUAAAGCAGAAGUACUUGGAAAAUAAAAAUAAUAAAGUGCCAGAAAAGAAAGACUUAGGCCGACAGAAUGAUAACAAAAAAUAUUUUGACAAUGAAACUGAAACUAAUGAGCAAAGUGAAGAAGAUGGUGAAAAUAAUGUAACAGAAGAAAUUAAAAAACUUCAAGAACACAAAGCAAAAGAAUCGUCUGAAGACAGUGGCGUCCUCGAUUCUGAUGAAGAAGUUUCUACCAUAAAACCCAAUAAGAUAAAAGUAAAGCUUGAAAAAGCUGCAAAUGAAAAUUUUAAUUUUUCUGACAGUGAAGACGAGGAGGAUAUGUUACAAUACAAAAGAGUAGAUCAUGAUAUUGAAGUGCCGGCUAAUAUUGAAAAUAUGGACUUGUCUGGAGGUCGUAACAAGAAGAAAAAACCCGUUACGAAAGCAGCUGUAGUAAAGCAAAUGUUAAAAAAGAAAAUUGUGGCAAACAAAAAAAUUGUUUUCGACGACGAAGGAACGGCUGUUAUACAAGGUACCAAGGAAAAGAAGUCUGAUUUAGCCAGGGAGUAUGAAAACGAAGAUGAAGGAGGAAUCGAUAUUGAAAAGUCCAAGUUGGUUUUGAGAGAAGAAGAUAAAUUCGAUAAGCAAAUGUUUAAAGAAAAAGUCAAAGCUAAACAUAAAGAGGAAAAACGAAAACUGAAAGCACUCAAGAAGGAGCAAGAAGAAGCAGAGCGAGAUGAUUUUGGUGAAAGCUCUGAUGAUGAAGGUCCUGAUUUAUCCUGGAUGCCCGAUCCAGAUAAAAUAUAUGGCAAUAAAGAUGAUAGUGAGGAAGAGUUUUACACAGAAGCUCCCAAAUCCCAGAAAACAGAAGAUGAAACAAAGAAAGAUAAAAAGGCAAAGAAACGAAAACACAAAGUCCCAGAUAAUCUAGAGACAGUGUUGAAGAGAAAGAAGAAACAAAGAAUAGAACAGCUAAGUGCAGAUCUUAAUGUGAACGAAACAGAAGAAUUAGCAUUAAUGUUACUUAAGGGUAAAAAAUAAAUGAUCAUUUUAUUGUAACAAACUUUGUUUUAUUUAAACAUUGUAUAAAAUCCAUGACAAUUGCAACAACUUAUUUCUUAAAUAUGUAGUUGAGUGAUACCAAGUUUACAAAAAAUUAAACUUCAUUUCUAAGUUCUUGGUUCUUGUGUUCAGUUUCAACUGUUGCAGGAUCAACCCAAUCUCUAGGAUUUUUCAAAACUUCUAUUAAAAUACCUUCAGGGGAUUCUGCUGUUGGUAUGUUCAUGUAUUCCCAUUUCUAUAAAAAAGUAUUUCAAUCAAUUCCCAUCAAAUUUUACCAGUAGGUAAUACUAACCGCAUAUAAUGGCAAAGACAUUAAAAUACUUUCAAAUCGGGCUCCUGGAGUGUACAAUCCAAACUUAGUCCCUCUGUCAUAAAUAAGAUUAAAUUCAACAUAUCGACCUCUUCUCAAUAAUUGCCAUUCACGUUCCACUUUAGUGUAACUGGCAAGCUUGUGUCUUUGGACUAAAAAAUAUUGUUGUAUUCAUCUAAAACUAAAUCUCCAAUAAAAAUUUUACCUAAAGGAACAUAAGAUGGAAUAACUGCAUUAGCACAAUCGCUAACAAAUUUAAAACAUUCCUCGCUAUUUGGUUCGUCUAAAUCAUCAAAAAAUAUGCCGCCUACACCACGCCUUUCUCCUCUAUGUGCAAUAUUGAAAUAAUUGUCGCACCAUUUUUUGAAUUUAGGAUAAUACGAUUUGUCGUGUUUGUCGCAAGCGUUUUUUAAUGUUGUAUGGAAGUGUAUACAAUCUGCUGUGUUCAGAUAGUAAGGGGUAAGAUCCGUGCCACCUCCGAACC